UUCCAGUUUGACUGUGAUGGGCAAGCAUUCAAAAAUCUCUAAAACCUUAAUUAAACCCUAGACGAAGAAGACAACCCCGUUCCCUCUGCAUCACGAAAUGUCUCAUCGACGAUUUCUCAUCAAUUUUCGUAGAACUCCGACCUUGUUCUCCUCAUCUGGUUUUCAUCACGAUUGUUUGCCCUCUGCAUCGCAGACGCGUUUCAUUUUCUCCACAUCUGCUCUCGAUGGGUCUUGGUUGAACAAGAUCAAAGGUGUCUUUACAGGCGAACAGACCACUACUACUCCUCAAACUCAAGUCACUUCCCAAUCAUUCACCCUCCUUAAGUUCGCCGAUGAACUGAAGACUGCGAGGAAAGCGGGGCAAUUCAAGCAAUUCGUAGUGGGUCGUGGCAGUGAGGCGACAUUUUCUGACGCAUUUGGGAAGCAGGAAGCAAUUAUUAGAUAUCUUGGAACUCUUGAUUCUACUGGAGAGAAUCUCCAAACCAGUCAAAAGAAAGAUGCGGCAAAACAUUGUAAUUGUACAAUUGCUGAUGUUGAGAAUGCCUUGUCAAAGUUUACAUGGGCUAAAGAAGCGCAGAAAAAGAUAGAAAAGUUAAAGGAGGAAGGUAAACCAAUGCCAAAGUCUUUGGCUGAGGUGCAAAAGCUGAUGGGAUCAACACCAUUAGAUCUUGCCAGAUCUAAUUUGGCAAAGAGUGGACAAAUAAGUAGGAAUGCACUCUGCCCUUGUGGUUCCAAAAAGAGAUAUAAACGGUGCUGCGGAAAAGACUAAAGAUGAAGAGACCAGGUAAAUGUGUUGGUGGUGCUCUGUCAUAGGAAAGGGAUGGUAAGAAACGGAUUGCAAUGUGACCAUCAUCUGCUACUGUUCUGUGGGAUUCCUGAGUUAUCUUCUAUCCUAACACGAGGAAUGACAGUAACCCCCAACCCCUUACUGAGCCCUCAGUAAAACAAACCUCCUAUUCUCAUCAGACUCAUCUCACCUGUAAAGCAGCUAGAAAUAAGAAAAGGUCAAGCAAGUUGUUUGAUGUUUAAUGCUGACUCUAAAAUCCCUGCAGGGAAGUGAUUUUAUUCAUGCAAUGCUUUCCAUAGAUGAAAAAAUAAAUAAAAAUGCAAGAUUUUUUUAAUGA